CACCAUUCUGCCAUUCUGUCCCUUCCCUCUUCCCCAAACCACAGUCCAUUCACUGAGAGCACAUGGAAGCCAGUAAAUCAAGUCAAAACUAUCCCUCUGAGAGACCCAUAUGGGUCUCUUGGAAAACAGGUUUUGAUGUCUUCUUAUUCUCACUCUAAAAAGGAUGAUUCCCCCCAGGAGAGGGAGGAACCCUUGUGGAGGGCAAUUUCCUGUCCUCUUUCUCCAAAUCACAGCAUCAUUUUCUGGUUCUUCUUGGGCCAUACCCUCUUCAGCUGCCAGUUUUGAGACGCUACAAUGUGAAAGACCUGUCAGCAGCCAGGACAGCAGCUGCCACACAGAUGAAGACUUGACAGGCCCAAGAGAAGUUGACUUCCAGCUCAAGGGAUACACUUUCAGUCAACCCUUCCAUCUGAUUGUGUCCUACGACUGGCUCAUCCUCCAAAGUCCAGCCAAGCCCAUAUUUGAAGGAGACCCACUGGUUCUGCGCUGCCAGGCUUGGCAAGACUGGCCACUGACCCAGGUCACCUUCUACCGAGAUGGCUCAGCCCUGGGUCCCCCUGGACCUAACAGGGAAUUUUCCAUCGCCGUGGCACAAGAGACAGACAGCGGGAACUACCACUGCAGUGGCGUCUUCAGAAGCCCUGGUCCUGGGAGCCCAGAAACGGCAUCUUCUGUGGCUAUCAUAGUCCAAGAACUGUUUCCAGCUCCAGCUCUCAGAGCCACACCCUCAACUGAACCCCAAGAGGGAGGCCCAGUGACCCUGAGCUGUCAGACAAAGCUGCCCCUGCAGAGGUCAGCCACCCGUCUCCUCUUCUCCUUCUACAAGGACAGUAAGACAGUGCGCAGCAGGGGCCUCUCCUCAGAAUUCCAGAUCCUCACAGCUUCAGAGGCACACUCUGGGUCCUACUGGUGUGAAGCAGCCACUGAGGACAACCAAGUUUGGAAACAGAGCCCCAAGCUGGAGAUCAGGGUGCAGGGUCCCUCCAGCUCUGCUGCAUCCCCCACCUUGAAUCCAGCUUCUCAGAAAUCAGCUGCUCCAGAACCUACUCCUACAGAGCCCCGUGAGCCUCUGCCUCCACUGCCUACCCCUUCUUCUGAGGAUCCAGGCUUCUCCUCUCCUCUGCAGGUACCAGACCCCCAUCUGCAUCACCGGAUGGGUGUUCUUCUCAAACAAAUGCAAGAUGUGAGAGCUCUCCUUGGUCACCUGCUCAUGGAGCUGAGGGACUUGUCUGGCCACCUAAAGCUUGAGACCACAAAGGGUCCUGCUAAAUAUGAGUAAACAAUGCAUCUGCAACUACCCCCAAUAAAUUCAACUCUUUCUAUUUUUUGUCAUUCUGUCCUAUACAUAUGCAUAAAUAGUUUUAUAAAUUGCCCAAUGUUUUGUUAGAGUUACAGAAAUAGGUGAGUAUAAAUAAAUUUGUACAACGU